AUGGCGCAGCUCCAAGAAAAAAAUCUAAGAUUGCUUGAAAAUGCCAAAAGCGAUAUGGGAAAGCUGAUUGAAGAAAAGAGCUUUGUAAUAAUGGGCCUGAACAACCAGACAGCCAACCUACAAGCUCGAUACGAAAAUGCGAACAUAAAAUCGCUAGAAAGUGAACAACUUGUAAUUCAAAUCAAGAACAAUGCUAUCCAACGCAUGAGCGAGAUAGACCAAGUAAAAACUUCCAUAUGGAACCUCUGUACACAUAUGGCUCAAGGCAAAAGACAGCCUAUGAAGAUUAAGAAAGAUAAUAUUGAAGAGCAAAUAAUGUAUAUAAAGAGAACUCUUACGGAAUUAGCAAAAGUGAACCAAAUAUUGAAGAAACAGGCUAGGUUGGCUAAGCUUAAGAAAAAAGUUGGUGCUGAUAGUAAAUAUAUAUAUAUAUAUAUAUAUAUAUAUAUACAGGGUGACUUCGAAGUUGAGUCAUUUAUUUUAACAUCUGAUCAAAAGAAAUGUUUUUUCCUUUACCAUUUUUCUGGUAAAAUUAAAGUAACAAAGUUAUAG